AUGGUCGCGCACGUCGGAACAAGCGCUGCUGCCGCGGCACUGCCGAACGAGGUCAAGCGCGAAGCACGCCAGCCAAAAACAUUGACUCGAGUCCAACUGGCACAACGCAUCGCCCAAGGAGAGACGCUGGUCUUGCAUCGACGAAAAAUCUACAAGCUGGACCGAUGGCUUGCUAGGCAUCCUGGUGGUGAGCUUGCCAUCCUCCAUUUCGUCGGACGCGAUGCCACAGACGAGAUUGAAGCCUACCACUCGGACGACACCAUCUCGCGCCUCAUGUCGCGCUUCGUCAUUGGUCACCUCGAUGAAGCAGAUUGGCACCACUAUAGACCCCUUGUACCUCCCGUGCAACUGGGUUAUCGUAAGGGCAAGCUGGACCAUCCCCAUGCCCAAGUAGCAAUGUGGCGCCAUCGUAGUACGCCAGCCAUGUCCUCAGUCGCUUCGGAUCGAGCGAGCGCUGAGCCAGACUCGUCUUCGGACAGCUCCGACGAAGCAGUGGUCGAAAGCCUUGUGUUGGCCACAUCGGAAGCUAGCCGGUCACAUUCGAUCGAGCCUUCAUCAGAGUCUUACAAGCAGGCUAUGGCCAAACCUGUCCUGUCAUCGACUCUGCUCGUAGAACGGCCAGAGACCUUUCCCCUUCCUGUCGAUCUGCUCGAACCACCUCCCAAUCCAGACUCGAUCGAUCCAGUCCGCGAACACAAGAUCUCACAAGCCUACCAGCGGCUACAUCAGCAAGUCAAAGACGCCGGCCUGUACACGUUGCGCCCCAUCGGCUACGCUCGCGAGAUGGCCCGCUAUGUCCUCCUCGCAUCUAUCGCUUACGGAUUCUGGUCACGCGGACAGUCUCAGUUGAUCUCGGAACAGUCGGCGGCAACGUCACACCCACCAACAGUGAAAGCAUCCACCACUUCCUUCCUCCUAUCGAGCCUCUUCCUUGGCCUCUUCUGGCAUCAGCUCACCUUUUCAGCGCACGACUCGGGUCACAGUGGCAUCACGCAUUCGUGGCAAUGGGACCGCAUCAUCGGCACCACCAUCGCCGACUUCAUUGGCGGCCUCAGCAUCGGAUGGUGGUGCGACAACCACGACGUUCACCACCUCGUCACCAACCACCCGGAACACGACCCCGACAUCCAGCACAUGCCCUUCUUUGCUAUCUCGCCCCAGUUCGUCUUGGCCGGACAGACGACCGUCAUCAACAGCGACGGAAGCAGCCCCUUGUCCGCGCCGUUGGAGGCGUCCAAGCCUCUGGGUUUGUGGUCUUCCUACUACCGUCGAGUACUCGAAUUCGACGCACCCAGCCGCUUCCUGCUCAAGCAUCAGCACAAGCUCUACUACUUUGUCAUGGCAUUCGGACGCUUCAACCUCUACGCAAAUUCAUACGGCUUCCUGGCUUUGAAAGCACGGCGUGACCGUUGGUGGGCGCUCGAGUUGGUGGGGCUGCUCACCUUCUGGACCUGGUACGGCUACGGUCUGCUCGGCUCUUUGCCCACCUGGUCUAUUCGCAUCGCCUAUCUGCUCAUCUCGCACAUUGUCACGUCACCCUUGCAUAUCCAGAUCGUCCUCUCCCACUUUGCUCAGUCCUGCGACGACCUGGGUCUGAGCGAGAGCUUCGCGUCGCGCCAGAUCCGCACAACCAUGGACGUCGACUGCCCGCCUUGGCUGGACUUCCUGCACGGUGGGUUGCACAUGCAAGUUUCCCACCAUUUGUUCCCGCGCAUCCCGCGCCACAACCUCCGCGAGGUGCGCGAUCGUUUCGUUGUUCCCUUUGCCAAAGAGUGGGGGCUCCAGUAUCAAGAGUACAGCUUCACAAGGGGCAAUGGCCGUGUGCUGAGCACGCUCAAAAAGGUUGCCGAUCAGGUUCACAUUCUUGCCAAGGUUGCAGAAGCUCAAGCAAAGGGAGAGCUACAUCAUUGA